GAAGACUUCACGCUGGGCUUCAGUACGCUGCCUGUAUGAACAUCUCAACUGUGUUUUAUAAUGUCUCCAUCGCGUUUAUGCUCAUAAACCACCAAUAGCAACAAUGGAGCUGGAGUGGGAGGACCACGCAGCCCCUGAGGGUCCCUUCUUCACCAAAGAUAUUUAUGACAAAUACUCACUUGCCCCUAAUGUCAGAGAACUGUGGGCCUUUCUCCAAAGUGAUGUAGAGCCGACAAAAACCUGCUCCUCUGAAGCUGCAGAGUGUAAAGACAGCAGCCGAGCGUCCGGUUGGGAGAGCUGCGAUUCUGACGAUCCGUGUGCCGAAAGCGACGACGGCGACAACAGUGAGGAUGCUAAGAACUCACAUGGAAACCAGAAGCAGAACAAAACUGAGGCUGAUGCCGCUUUCCCUCAACCCAGGCUGCCGUAUCCGUGCAUGUCUAGCCUCUCCAGCAAAGAGCACAACAUAUAUCUCGGCUUUUUGACGAGCAAAAAAAAGAGCGAUCCCCCACAGGGCUUACAGAAACGUGUAAACGACGAAGUGAUGCAGUUCACGAGGUACCUGCAAGAUGUGGCGAAAAUAUGUGCUGACGACUACAACUUCAUAUCACAGGGAGCCAUGCAAUAUUCAGAGGAUUGUUUGAGGGCCUGUUUGGAGCACGUCAGGACGCUUCCUCAGCUCUACCAGAUCCACGAGAUGACCAGCCUGACCGGGGGCACGUUCAACCCAGAGCUCGCGCUGACCUUUGAAAAGCAGCUUUUAACCCUGGGCAGCGUGAAUAUUACAGACCACCAGAUCGUGUCUGCUGAUGCACAGCUUGCAUCGGAUUAUCAGAGUGUUUCAUCAGAGAAUCCUCCAGCUAAAAAAGCUAAGGACAUGCAUGCUACGAUCAGCGAUGACGGGAAUGCAGAGAAGCUGUGCGCCCGCUAUGAGCCUCACGUCUGUCUGUCUCGGGACGCCCUGGUCAGGCUGCUGGACAACCACGGCCCUGACUUCGUGGAGCAGUGGGAACUGCCUGUGUGCGUCAAAUUAAACCAUGGAAAGGGCAGUAAUCAGAAGAAGACUGUGUUUAUAGAUUCACCUCUGCUGAAAACUGAAAUGACAGUGAGAGAGAGGAGCCAUAUUUUCCACGAGGAGAGUCUGAAGCUUUCUUUCCGGAAGAAUGGAAUCAAAAAAAUGUUUCAUUUACUGACAGAAUUACCUACGAAUGAGUGCCAGCACUCUCAGGAAAAACCCAGAAGAAACUGUGGGCCUCUGAAAGACGGCAUUGACUUUGAGGUGGACAUCACUGAGCUGGAGACAUUUGGGGAGUCGACGUCUGCUAAACCGAUGCAGGAGAAGCAGGAUCAUAGCGUUAAGAGCAAACAGCUCACCAGUCCCCCGCUGUCGAGGACGACUGGCGAUGUGAGCGGACGUCCUGUGAGUGAGUUCAGUACUGCGCAGGAAGGUAGUUACAGCACUUCCACAAGCUCCGAAGAUCUGGCAACGACGGUAACUCAGCCCACUGUGGAUGACGCUGCUGAACCCAAGACCGAGCGGGCGGGGCGAGAGUGCGUUCAGGAAACCGAAGACGACUCGGACGAUGAAAAACUAGUUAUUGAUGAUUGCGCGUCUGCAGCGUCGAGAAGACAGCCGAAGUCGCCGGCGGGUGACGGUCCGCCCGUCACUCAGCCCGGCCCUGGAACCCCGGAUUCUCCUCCUCCUCCCCGCGGAGCCGCACCGGGCAGGCGUCAGUCCAGAACGCCGAAGGUCCCGGGAGACCAGCUGAGCGAGAUCCUGCGCAUGCAGACGGCCAUGCUCAAGUCCUCCAGCGACACCGCCAAGCCCUCUCCCGCGUCGCCCGCUCGGCGAGCCGAGCCCGUAGUUCACUCUCAUCCUACAUCCCUGGUCAAACCCUGCGUGUCGUCAUACUUGGAGAGAAAUCAGAACGAGGAGGAAAACUCCUCUGCUGUCUCUCAUGAAUCUUCACUUGUCAACCCAAACACCACCGAACACAAGAGAAUCCUCUCACAAGAUCUGCAGGAAACUGCCGAAGAUGAACAAGAUUACGAGGCUCCUGUGGAAGGCAACCUGCUCUACAAGCUCUACAGCCUCCAAAACAUGCUGCUGAUGGUGCGCAGCUCCAUUUCACUCACCCACAGCAGGAGAGUGGGCAGCAGCCAAAACCAGUUUGUGCCAGUGCACGUCUUGCCAAAACUGGAGUACCAGCUGAGUUACGGCGUGGAGUGUUUAACCAACGGUGAGGUGUGCCAGCUGUGGACGGAAACGCUGCUCCACUCCUCCACGCUGCCUUACAUCGCUCACAUCAAUGCGCACACAUCAAAAGUCGCUCUGCUGAGGAAGCUGCCUGACGACUGGAAGCAGAGCAUCUCCAGUGGGUUCAAGCUAUCCAAGUCACUGAAUAUACUGCACCACCUACUGAAAAAGCUCACUGGGCUGGACGAAGGACGGUACCUGAUGGUGCACAAAGCCAGGGAGCCGUUCGUGACCCUGCUGAGAGCGGCCGAUGGGAAAGCCAGCCGCGGGCUGUACAGCCUGCAGCAGGUGCACCCGUCCACCCCUCAGCCCCCGGCGUCCGGCCUGCUGCCCUGGGUUCCUGUCAGUCCGGCGGUGGUCCUGAGCUUCCACCAGAAACACGGCCGGGUGCCCUGCACCUUCCCUCCCAGACAGUCCCCAAAGACGGGGAAAGAUGGCUCCAGUAACGCAGCGUCCGGGCCGAAGAGCGACCUGAAUACACAAGGGAAGAAGAAGAAGAAGAAGAAGCAGAAAAACCGUGCAGCCAAACGUCAAAAGUAUAUUAAUAAGCUCGUUCAGAAGUCUGUUUAAGAUGGGAGUCGGUGGAGCAGCUGCACCUGUAUCGCUGAGGAAAUGAAACAAUAACAGGAGUGUUGUGUCAGGAAAUACCUUUGAAUAUGUGAUCAUGAAGCACUUUAAGAAAUAGAAUGUCUACUUUCUAUUUUGUCCACAGUUUCUUUUUUUGUUGUGAUAAAGAGAAAAUAAAGUUUCUUGAUUUCUA